UCAAGAUGAGGAGCAGAAACCGUACAUGCUGAGUUGCAUGGUUCCCCCCGACUAUCAAGGCUCAGUCCCCGACUCAGUAUCCUUGGUGGAAAGUCCGUGUGAAAACGCGACAAACAACCUGCGCGUGAUCGACAACCGAGCAAAGGGCGAAAAAGAGGACUUUGUCGUCUGUGUAAAGUGUCUCAAUUUCAAGCACAGGCCCGAUAUUGCCGUCAGGCUUGUCGAGUGGAUUGAAUUAUUGAAGAUUCUCGGUGCAAAUAAAAUUGUUUUUUACUCUCUACAGGUAAACUCAGACAUCUCCAAAGUGUUGAGGCACUACCAGGAAACGUGGAACGUUGAAGUGGUCCAAACGUUUUUACCAGGGACUCUGCCCAACGUUCCGGACUUCAUGUACACCUAUCUCUCGAAAAACUACGGAAAACAGUGUUUCCAGGAUUUAAUCGACUACAACGAUUGUUUCUACAAGAAUUUCAACCUUUAUAAUUAUGCCGUGCUGAUCGACAUUGACGAAGCCAUUAUACCAGGUGGAUCGCUAAGAACGUGGAAGGAUUUGUUGGCGAACGCUCCGCUCCCGGAAGAACACAAGCCAAGUGACAUUCACACCUACUCGGUACACAACGUCUUCUUUAUGGACGACAAAGAGCGGUUCUACGACUGGAACGACGACAUCCCACGCUACAUGCAUAUGCUGCAACACGUGCAUCGGAUGGCCUACCACAGUCCAAUCGCAUUCCGCGCAAAGUCGUUCCACGCGACGCGGCACAACCUAGCGUUGCACAACCACUUUGGUCGAGUGUGCAUCACGCCGGAGGGAAAACCGUUGGGCUGGUGCCUGGGGUUUGAUAUCCCCGUCGAGCUAGGCUACCUGCACCACUACUGUGUCAAGAAGGAAAAGUUAGAAUGCAAGUUUGGUAGGGGACCCAAUUCUACCGUGGAUAAAAACAUUUGGAAAUACAAAGACGAGUUAAUUCCUGCCACAAAACAAGUGUUAAAGAGUGUGAGAAUAUUGUAA